AUGCCGUUUCAAUCCGAAGAAUCAAAGAAAAGAUCUUCAUCUGAUUAUAUAUUUGGAAAACUAAUUGGGGAAGGCAGCUUUAGUUGUGUUUACUUGGCUAGGGACAUACAUACAUCAAGAGAAUAUGCUAGUAACAUUCAUGAUGAAUCAUGGGCCAUGAAUGAGCCCAACGCAGCUACUAUAUUUAGCGAAGACGAACAAAUGGAAGACGACCUCAAAAAAGACAGUAAUUGUAUUCCCAUUGUUAGUGCUAUUAAAAUAGAACAAUCUGCAGAUUCAGAAAUUUUGAAGCAACUUAAACAAAAGUUUAAUGAUCCUUCUACACCAGGGCCAAUAAAGACCAUGAUUCUAACUAUUGCUCCAAAAUCGUGGAGCGAAAACAGGCUUGCAAAAGAGUUUGGAACAUCCAGAAGGCAGGCAAAAAAUGCAAAAGAGUUGGUGAAAAAAUACGGCAUAAUGUCGACGCAAAAUCCUCGUGAAGGACGAAAGAUGGAGCUUAAAACUGAAACACUGGUAAAAGACUUUUAUCUUAGAGAAGAUAACAGCCGGGUAAUGCCUGGUACCUCACAUAACAGGUCCAAGUCCAUGUUCCAAAUACCUGUUAUUUUAAUACCUAGUAUUUUCGGCUCCGAUGCAACCAGUGGUUGCUACUCCGUAUCGGUAAAAACUGAUCCCAUCACCUUUCGACCGGGCCUAUCUGCGGCAGAUAAUCUGCCAUUACUGGCUGUUACAGAUUAUAACGGCAGCUAUCGGCAUUGA